GGUGUUGUUUCUUCUUCUUUUUGUGUUGAUAUAAUAACUAUACAUUUACCUGCUUUUUAAGCUUUUUCCUCACUUUCCAUUGUUUUUGAGGGAAAUGGGUAUAUCUUUGUAACUCCAUAUUUGGAACAGCAGCUGAAGAAAUUGAUUCCUAGUUCCUUAAUAUUCCCUUUUUUACACCAAAAUUUGUUUUCCUUUCCUGUCUCUAUUUUCUUUUUAAUUAUGUCUUUUUAGAUUUGGGUAUAUGAUUUUGUGGGGGUCUCUCAAAAUAAGAACUUUGGUUUAAAAUUUGCUUUUUGUGGGGAAAUCAGUGAUUUUUCCUCUUUAAACACAAAAACAAAACCAAAUUUCUGUGUUUUUGUGCGUGCUUAAUACAUUGUCUUUUAUUAUGCACACACACUCUUAAUAUCUUCUUGGUUGCUAAGAAAUGUGAAGAACGGCAAAGGAAAAUAAUUUAAGCAGAAUAACACUGGUUUUGAUUGAACUGUGGAAUGGAAGGUAAUAUAUAUCAAGGGUUUGGUAAUGGAACUCAAGUGGAUGGCAAGGUUUUGCAGACAUUUCAAAAGAGUUUUGUGCAAGUCCAAGACAUCCUAGACCAAAACAGGCUGCUAAUCAACGAGAUUAACCAAAAUCAUGAGUCCAAGAUCCCCCAUAACUUGAGCAGGAAUGUCGGGUUGAUUAAAGAGUUGAACAACAACAUUAGAAGAGUAGCCAAUCUCUACGCCGAUCUCUCGAGCUCUUUCACCAAGUCGAUGGAGCCAUCAUCCGAAGGCGAUUCGGCCGGGAUGUACGAACCUGAUGGAAACGUUAGUCAGAAGAGAAUUAGAUCCGAGUAAAUUUUAUCAAGCUAAGCCUUUUGUUAUGAAUUAUAUUAUCUUCCACUGUGGAAUAUUGAAAUAACAUCCUAUGAGAUUUACCGUUGUAGUGAUGUACAACUAUGUUAGUAUCUUGUUUGAAAUCAAAGCAUUACUUGUUUAACAUCAGCAAAUCGUGGCCUGAAACCAGUGGAUUGUCUUCACUUUUUUGUUUGUUUAAUAAAUGAGAUAGGGUUAUCUUA